CAGUAAACGCGGGAGUUUUUGCUCCUGCAGCGCGGCUGGCUGAGUUCUGUUGUGGGUUCCUUCCGUGUUUGCUGCUCAGAGAAAGUUUCCCUUCUUCAGCUGUUCACCAUGGAAGACAGUCAGAUGCCGGACCUGUUAAACAGUGGAACGACCCGGAAAAGGGAGGACUACCUGGAGUGGCCGGAGUACUUCAUGGCUGUGGCCUUCCUGUCAGCUCAGCGAAGCAAAGACCCAAGUUCUCAGGUGGGCGCCUGCAUAGUGAAUCAGGAGAAUAAGAUCGUCGGCAUCGGUUACAACGGUAUGCCCAAUGGCUGCGAUGACGACCUGUUACCCUGGUCUCGUUCUGAUGAUGAUCGGCUCAACACCAAAUACCCGUACGUGUGUCACGCAGAGCUGAAUGCCAUCAUGAACAAGAACAGUGCCGACGUGAAAGGAUGCACCAUGUAUGUGGCUUUGUUCCCAUGCAAUGAGUGCGCUAAGCUUAUCAUCCAGGCAGGCCUUAAGGAAGUGGUGUACCUUUCUGACAAGUACCAUGAUACACCUGAGAUGACUGCUUCCAGAAGGCUGCUCAGCAUGGCUGGAGUCCACUUCAGGCAGUUCAAGCCCAAGAGGUCGGAGAUUGUUAUUGAUUUUGAUUCCAUUAACCACCAGGGAAUGCUGGAUCACGCCUCCAAGUGAAAGCCGGCGUGGAGCGCUGCUGAAUGAAGCCGAUGGAGAAAGACGGCUUUCUGCAGAUGUUUCCAUGAACUACUCCUGAAAAUGUUAGUGUUUGUGUGGAGCACUUUAAUCCAUCAUGUUUGUCCUCACAGUCAGGGUUUCAUUUAGUGCCAGCAUUGGGUCUGAAAUGUUAGUAUUAUGACUCCUGCUUCUGAUCUUUUCAAAUCUUUCAUCUUGGGACUUUUUUCAUAUUUCUCCUUCAUGGAGGUUUCCUGCUGUGUGUUUAAAAACACUUUUAUUUCUUGAUCCACAGCUUUCUAAUUUAGUUUUUAUUGGUAGUAAAGAUGCUUUAGGCGGGAUAUUCUUGAUACUGUGGAUCACUCUGGAUUGUUAGAUUUGUAUAU